AUGCCGGAGUCGACAAGAAACAGCCGCAAGGAAAACAACAGGAUCCCACCGGAGGUGACUCGAGCGCUCUACGUUCGUAACAUUCCGUUCAACAUAACGACGGAGGAGAUGUACGAUAUAUUCGGUAGGUACGGCGGGAUCCGCCAGGUUCGGAUGGGUUGCAACAAGACCACGAAAGGCACGGCCUACGUCGUCUACGACGAUAUCCGCGACGCGAAGGAAGCCGUCGACCAUCUCUCCGGCUUCAACGUUGGGAAUCGGUACCUCAUCGUGACGUACCACAACCCCGCGCAGAUGACCAAGAAGAUCGACUUGAACAAGAAGGAAGAAGAGCUUGCCAAGCUUCAGGAGAAGUAUGGAGUCUCUACCAAAGAUAAGUAA